AUGAAACCGUUUAACGUAUCCAAUAACAAUUACCAUUUGGGCCACCUUUUCCGAGAUACAAUGAAAAGCAGACCCGAUGCCAUAUGUCAGAUAGACGCAGCGACAGGUGAAACGGAAACGUAUAGUUCAGUACUACGGAGAUCAGAACGGCUUGCGCGAUGCCUGCUUCGCUUUGGAGCUCGACCCGGUGAUGUAAUAGCGGUGAAUGGCUGGAAUCAUCUUGACAUACACAUACCUUACUACGCGGCACUCAUGAUCGGUAUGCCGGUAACUGGUGUGGAUUUUGAUGGACUGACACCUACAAUUACCACAAAAUAUGCUGAAAUAAAAGCUCACUUCAGAGUGUGUUCGCCGCGAGUAGCUUUUUGUCAAAAAGAAUACAUUGAAGACUACCUGCAAGCUAUCAAAGAACUGGAACUAGACACGAAGCUGAUAUGUUUUGAUGAAGGCGAUUAUUCUUUUAGCACCUUUAUGAAAGAAUAUGACGUAAUAGAUGAAGAAGAGUUUGAGCCAUUGCAGUUUAAUCAAGACAAGAUCUACGUUGGAAUGAUAGCAACCGGUGGCACCUCGGGAAUACUGAAGUUGGCUGCCUUCAAACACAGGACGUUUAUUGCCAAAAUAUUUGAAUUACAGAAAUGUUCCUUAUACAGAAUAGGAACAGCAAAUAAAUUCACGGAGAAUAGACCUUGGUUGUUACUAUCACAAAUGGGAUGGAUAUCAUCAUUCCUGCGAGCAAUGGCUUUACCCGUUAUGUAUUACUCUAAGCUCAUGACCUCAGUUGUGCCCACCACGGAACAUGUUAUCGAUAUCAUUAACAAGUAUAAGCCAGUAACUACCCAUUUACGAGUUGGUUUAGCGACAAGUAUAAUAAACAGCAAAAAGAAAUGCGACUGGACGUGUUUUAACAGUAUUGUAAUGUCUGGUGAUAGGGUGCCAAAGACUAUAUUUUUGGAAUUGCUGAAAAGAAUGAGUCCAUGUGCUAUACUGUGUGAAGGUUACGGCCAAACUGAGAACCUGGGCCCGAUGUUGUUACUAAAUCCUUUGGGACCUAUUGGUAACUGUGGUAAUCGACCAUACGGAUGGCAAAGUGUCAAAUUAAUGGAUCCACAUACGGGUAAAGAAGUGAUGGAACCGAACGUACUAGGAGAGAUGUGGAUGAAAGAUAUCUGCAUGACUGAAUACUACAAUAAUCCAGAAAUCACGGCAAAAACAUUUACAGCAGACGGCUGGUACAGGACAGGAGACUUGCUAUACAGGGAUGAAGAAGGGAACUACUUCUUUGUUGAACGACUCAAGAAGAUCAUUAAGUACCGCAAUUACUAUGUUUUUCCCCGAGAGGUAGAAAACGUGAUCCAAGAACAUCCUGGUGUUCGAGACGUAUGCGUCACGUACAUUCCUCAUGAAGAGGAUGGAGAACAUCCAGUGGCUGCUGUAGUCAGAAAAAACGGUGUCAAAGUUACUGCACAGGAAAUUAAGGAUAUUGUUGCUGAUAAUUUAUCAGACCAUCAAAAGCUAAGAGGCGGCGUUGUAUUCCUGACAGAAAUUCCGUUUACAUUGGCGGACAAAGUUGCCCGGCGCAAGUUGCAGCAAAUAGUAAUGGAGUCUCACAGAGAAUAA